AUGGCACACAUACUGUGCGCAUACAUACCGUCUUCAGAGAGUGGAGAUGUUGGAGAAGUAGGACUAGUGAUGUCUUGUGUCGUUUGGUUCAUAGAGACCGGUUCUAUCAGCAAAUGCCGCACAUCGUCGGGCAAGUCAUCCACUGUCACAACAAAUAUACAACACAUUAACUCUAUGGGCAAUGAGGAGACGCCCAUCACUGUCUUGGAUCUCCUGUUCGGUGACGUUAUCGAACGGAUUCUUGGCUUUGGAGAAGUAGGACUAGUGAUGUCUUGUGUCGUUUGGUUCAUAGAGACCGGUUCUAUCAGCAAAUGCCGCACAUCGUCGGGCAAGUCAUCCACUUCUAUGGGCAAUGAGGAGACGCCCAUCACUGAGUCUAUAACUAGCAAUAAUCGGGUGCAACGGUCGCACUCGGCCCGACUCGCAGCUCAAGAUAAUAUCGGGCUGAGGACAAGUUCUUUUCUCGGGGGCGCUUCCGCUCUGAACGCAAACCAAGUAAACAGAGCACUAGUAAGUGAUACAGCCGUCAACGGUGAAGACAAAAUGGGUGACUAUUCGGGUGCCUCCAGGAGUAGUAAAGAGGGAUCUCCUGUGAAAGAGUUGGACAAAUCCAAGAAAGACAAGGAUAAGGAUAAGAAGGACAAGAAGAAGGGCAUCCGAACCCCCAGUUUUCUGCGUAAGAAGAAGCAUAAGAAGGAUAAGGAAAGGGAGAAGAAUGAGGCAUAAUAUUAGAGACACUACACUAUAAGGUUUAAUUGCAUUUGAAAUCCAUUAAUAAAUUGAUGCUUCGCUCAUCUUUGACGCAAAGACUGCCACAGCUUUUGGACACUUUGUUUAGUAUUUGUUUCUCGACAUUACUCCAUAUUCUCCUUCAAAGUUGUAUUAAUAUGUUUGGAUUUAUUGCUCAUUAAAAGUCUGUUAUAUUUAUGAACUCAAAAGCGAGAGAAGACUUUCGAUAUAAUUAAUACCGAAAAGUGUUGGGAACCGAAGCAAAUGU